UGCUAUUAUAAAUAUAUAUAUAAAUUCACAGCUAAAGGGAAAAACCUGUAUUAUAUAUAGAAUUAAGAUCAUAAUUAUUCAUGUCAUGGUUUCAUAAUCUGACCGUACGUGUCGCCCUCCAGUUGCCCACAUGUACAUGCUGAACUCCUGCAGAAAAGUUCAUUAAAAUCACCUUUAAUGUUUCCUUUGGAGCAGAUCUAAUUAAUUAUUAUUGAUUAGGAUAUUUAAACAUCUGAGCAGUGGAGUAGGGAGUGUGACAGCGGUGGUUUCUGCUGUCAGUGUUGCCUGAAUGUCAGCAGUGUCUUUCCCCCUUUAAGAAAGUUGCUGGUCUCCAGUUGCCAUGUGAUCCGUCUCCCGAACUGCAGCCAGAAUGUCACCCGUCAUUCGGAGCCUCUUGCCCGGUAAGCGACACCUCCUCCGUGCUCGGUGUCGUCCAACUGAACCGCAACACGUCGACUUUUGUCCCUGUUAAAUUCAGCCCGACUUUGCAGCAGAGUUUGCCCGUGAACAGAGGACUUUCAACGGGGGGAGAGUUAACAAACAACAUGCGCUCCGUGGUGGGAUUGGCAGCCAUUGUGGCGACGGCGACCGUCUACCUCUACCUGCUGUCCACUCAUCUCCCCCCGGGACCGAGGCACGUCCAGGCGGCCGGCGAGGAGGGCGAGGCCGGCGAGGAGCUCCAUGAGUACAGGCUGAAGUUCCCAUCAGACCUGGACGAGUUGCGGGAACUGGCAGAGAUGCUCAAGUUUUAUAAAAGAGAACAUCAUGGCUACGUUCUGCUGCUGUUCUGCAGCGCCUACCUCUACAAACAGUCCUUCGCCAUACCGGGCUCCUCCUUCCUGAACAUGCUAGCUGGUGCGAUAUUCGGGCCCUGGGAGGGCCUCGUGUUGGCCUGCUUGCUCACCACUUCAGGCUCCACCUUCUGCUAUCUGCUCUCCUCAGCGUUUGGAAAACAGCAUGUGGUCCGGGUCUUUCCUCAGAAGGUGGCCCUGCUGCAGAGGAAGGUGGAGGAAAAUCGUAGCAGCUUGUUCUUCUUCCUUCUUUUCCUUCGUUUCUUCCCCAUGACUCCUAAUUGGUUCCUUAACAUCACCUGUCCUGUUCUCAACAUCCCCAUGCCAAUUUUCUUCUUCUCUGUCCUCAUAGGUUUGAUCCCCUACAACUUCAUCUGCGUCCGCACGGGCUCCAUCCUCUCUGAGAUCUCCUCCCUGGAUGACAUCUUCUCCUGGAGGACGCUGGCUCAGCUCCUGGCCAUCGCCCUUAUGGCUCUCGUCCCCGGAGCGCUCAUCAAACAGUACAGCAAGACUCACCUCAAGGUAGACGGGAUGGACAGUAAUGGACACAGCCAGGCCGAGAUCAAGCAGGACCGGAAGAGACGGUGAUUCUGGUUUGGUUUGAAUCCCAAACAGAAGAACUGAGACACGUCAUGCUUGAAGUAUGACGUUUGGUCACGUUACACCGCAAUUCCUCAAAGGUCUUUCUUGCCGUUGCGACUCCGUCGUGGCACAUUUAGGACUCGUUAUCGAGUGCGUCUCGUCUUAAAGCACUUACACGUGUGUCUUAAUGUACAGUACCAGUCAAAAGUUUGGACACGCCUUCUCAUUCGAUGUUUUUUCUUCAAACUUAUGAAAGAACACGUACGAUUGUAGUGUCGCACUUACGUCUGCUGUUGUCCGUGAUUUAUUGUUCAAGUUUGAAAAUGUACCGUUUAAUUUUUUAAUCAGUAUUUUGUAGCGCGAGUCUUAAACUGUAAAAAGAAUACGAGCAUAGCAAGAACUCUAAAGUCAGGUGCUUUCUACAGAUCUGUUAUUUUAAAAAAAAGGUAUUUCUUGGUUUUACAUUUUUAAGACGGCUAAAAAAAAAGAAAAUCCACAGUCACAUUUUAAGUUAGCCAAUCAAUCUUUGGAGAGAAAAAGGUUAGUUAACUAGCUGGUUAACCUUCAGCACUCAUUAGCUACUAGCUACUUAAUGUUUUUCUCUAGAGUAAAUGGCUAGUUAACUAGCUGGUUAAUCUACAAAGCUCAUUAGCUACCUAGUUGGUUAGUGUUUUGGCUGGUUAACUAGUGGGCUACAGUGGAAACAUUAGCAAUGUCAAUUGUUAGUUAGCUGACGUUUUCUAAUGACUACUGUAGAUUAGCCAACUAGUUAACUAACUAACUAACUAAUUAACUUGCUCUGUAGCAAAACACUAACAACUAGCUAGCCAACGAUUGGUUAGUGAGCUAGUUAGCUAGCGUUUAGCUCACACAAGCUAUCAGAUAUAGCUUUAAUGAGCACUGUAGAUUAGUUAGGCUAGGUAACUAGCCAUUUAUCUAAACACUAACCAACUAGCUAAAGACUGAUUAGUAAGCUAACAUUAGCUAACUGAAGAUGUGACUAUACAUAUUUUUUAUUUCUUUAUUAGCGUAAGCUCAAUCUUUUUAAAAAUGUAUUUGUAAUAUUUUAGACAUUAAAUAUUACUUCAUAGCCCGACAGUGAAGUUCAGGAUUUUUAUAGUUACGGUGUUGGAGCCAUAUUUUUUUAUUCGACCCAAAGUGCCAAACAUCCUGACUUCAUGUGUUCACUUCUCGGAGGCUAAAUAAAACAAAUUUAAGAUCUUCAGGGUCGUCUUAUGAAAACAGUGGCAGGUAAAGAAAUGUUCGCUUCAGGUCUCAGGAUGAGAGAUUUUUGUUCUUUGACCAAAGAAAGUUCAACAUGUGUUUUGGUUUUUUUUUUUGUCUUUUUAUUGUUUUUAUUGCUUCAGUUUGAAUAAAAACAGAAUCAAUAAUUGUGGAUGCAGACAG